CUGACGUCUCAGCUUCUUCUACCACUCCACAAACAACAGCAAUGUUAGAUCAGUAGUCUCUUGACAUCAGAAUGGCUUGACAAGCGAAACAAAGACACUAUCAGCUGACUCGGCCAAACAAAGCUUUGUGUCAGAGAAGAUCGUAUCUGGGCCCGCAUUCAGUCAGUCAAAAGUCCAAGAUGAACAGCAAUACGGACUUCACUCAGCUAUGGCAUCGCCAUUUGGCCAACCUCCGCCAUGACUUCUCGGCUGGAGCUGUUGACAACGCUCGUGUACACGCUUCGCCUUCGAAGCCGGCAAGGAGCAUGGAUGGAAGAGGAGACAGUGAAGCUACGCCCAGGGGCGCUGAUCAUCAUGACAUCCAAGCGACGUCGCUCCCCGUUGGACUCGAGUGGGACGGAGACAUGGAGAUGGUGAUUGGUGCUUUGCAGGAGCUUGAGGUUCAAAGCCCUAUCACCGCCACCGAAGCCCUCAGUCCCGAUUCUCCGUGGUUCAGAGACCAUCAUCUUCGCCGUGAUGCCGAUGGUGAUGGGGAUAUAGAGAUUGAGACUGUGGCGUCGUCACCGCAAAAUUCGAGCUGGUCGAGGACCGUCGCGCCUCCGAAAGCACAGCGAGCCCGUUUAUCAUUGCAACCACAGCUGAAGAGCCCCGUCAACCUCUAUACGUCUGCGGCUGCUAAGGGGCUUGAUACAGAUGCUAAAGCACGGACAGAAAGAAGAUACUCACAAGACUGGUCCAGAGAUCAUGCAACACUCCUCUCACACUCUCAGCAGCUAUACGAGACUUACUCGGCUUAUCCAGCAUCACUAGCUUUCAGUACUGCUCGACCUGAACCCGAGACCGAACCACCAGAACCAAAAACCAGGUUCAGCUCCAUCUUCUCGCCCUCUCAGCGCAGUCGACAUGCACAGCUAACCGAAGAAGUCAACGUCUUGAUCCUCAGCUGGGCUACGACAACCACAACAAUAACCGCCAAGGAACAAGGGCCAAUCAAACUCAGUUCAAGUCGGCAAGGGAUCAAUACCUCCACGGACUCCGUUCGAAACUGCUUCAAACGGCUCGGAUAUCGAGUCCAAUGCCGACCGAUUCCCGAGGACUAUCCUACUGCGGCUGUGGAGACCCUGCUGGCCAAGUUUCUCGCGGACUCCGAUACGGGCCAGGGGAGGAAGAAGUUGCUAGUCAUUUACUAUGCUGGGGGAGCGGACAUGGUUGGAGGAAGGAUGAUGUUUGCGAAUGCGAUUGGCUCGAGUCAUUUCUUCUGGGAGGACAUUCGCGAGCCCAUCAUGUCGAGUGAGAGUGACGUCUUGCUCAUCCUUGACUGUCAUCACUCCAUGAGGUCGAAUACGAGCACAGAAGCAGAAGAUCAACUGAUGGUCGACCCGGGCCUGGCAUCGUCACCCUCCGUUAAGCAACUCUUGGGCGCCUACGUUCCUGUUCCCUUGCCCCGAACAGAUACACCCAACAGCAGCUCGAAUGGGGGCAUCACGGGAGCAACGCAGAUGACCCAAACCCUUUGCAGAAUUCUGGACAGCGCCUACGCUAGAGGAGACGGCAAGAUAUCAGUGCAGAGGUUGUGCUCGUGCAUGAAAAAUGACUUGCGACAAAACGGCACGGAACUGGAUCAAAUGGUGUUUGUUACGCAGUUGGGAGGAAGACACUUGAUGGAUAUCGAGUUGCCUGUGUUGUCUGCCGGCAUCGAUAUCGGCGUUAGAGGUGGCAAUGACGUCGGCGGCGGUGUAUCGCGGGGUAUGGGAGUCCUCCGAGGUUGAUAUCAACUACACCUCAACUUGGGCAAGUUUAGUCCCAUUCGAGAGUUCUUCCUAUCCCUGGGGCAAUCACACACAGGCAGCUAGCGUGUCUGCCUGAUCAUCUCUCCCUCCAAUCACUGACUUUGGAUAGUCUUCCGUCUGGUAUGGGUGUUGUUGAUGGAGAAGCAGCAACCUAGCCUAGUUUAUGGGACAUGUGUGAUAUAUCCCUGAGAGCUGAAGACUAAAACUCCAAUGACACCCAAUCGCUUCCACUUUUGGAGAUCUUCGGCAUUUGCUAGCGUGUGCUCCAUAUUCCUUAUCCCGAAGCGGUAAACCGAUGGAACAUACGACAUGGAAAUUUUCGAAUUAGACCAUGUCGAUCGACUUCCGCCUCGCCCAAGGACGUUCUCAUCACUUCUUCGUCACACGUCUCCGUCGUGGGAACUGGGAAGCGUAUAUUCAGCGUGGCAUGGGAUAGCCUGCGUGGGUCCUGCAAGGAGCACUGGGAUUCCAUCGUGUUCGGUUUUCCAUCAGGGAAUGUGAACGGCUACAUUACAUCCCGAAGUGAACCCCAGCUACCCGCACGCUCAGGCUGUCAAACUCGAAAGCUCCCUUCCUUCAUCAACAUCGCCGUCAUAGUCAACGACACUACGGGCUUGUGUCCGAGCCUACGUGCCGAGGCUGCCGCGAAUAGCGUCAAGGUGAUGAGCCUCAAGGCGUGCCUCAUGGCCACCCUCGUUUCUUCUUUUGUGCGGGGCUAGCCGAUUCCGCCAUUGUACGGUCGAUAAGGCAGUGCGUCUGUCACACUCGUUGAUGCCUAUGGGUGUAUGGUCCUGGCAAGCGCUCUAACC